AGGUUGGCAUCAUAGUUACCAAGGUAACAUAAAUCAUAGGGACUUAAAUAUGACAAUGCAAUUCAAUAAUACCGAGCGUGAGAACUGAUGAAUUAGAAUGUAUAGUAACACUUUGGAACAUUUAUAAUUUAUACUUAUGGAGUAAAGGUACAUUCUAUCCUGAGUCAGUACUAUCUAUCAGUAGACAGUAGUAGUAGGCAUCAAUCAGUAGCCAGUAGCUAACUUUGUCAGUAACUCGGUUAGUUUGUCUACCUUGUAAAGUUUGUUUUACUCUUCUUACUCUUUCUUCUUGACUUCUUGCCAAGUUAAAUAUCACUUUUAUCAAUUUGAGCGACUCUGCACCUAUUAUUCUCUUUUUUUGUCUGUCUCUUCGACUGAAUUGAGUUUGUUAAGUUUUACUGAGUUAAAUAAUGACUAUUAUUAAUUAUAAAUAUAAUCAGGCCUAACAUGGAACUGGGGAGUACAGGCAAUAGCCAUAAAUAUUAUUAGUCUACCUCUGCACACACAUUAACUUACAUCUUCUUACAGUUCAGUAAAGUAGAGUCUUGAGACCAAGUCAGUACUGGACUGGAAAGCAAUCAUUUCUGGGUCAUGAAACUAUGUUGUACCGGGUAUCGAAAACCUAAUUUGGAUUGUUGUUUUUUUAAAAUCCGUUCCAUGAAACCCUUAAUUAAAUAAAUACUGGUAAUGAUAAUAACUGGCAUUAUUUGGGACUAGAAAGUAACCAAUCCACUCCUGCUGGAAGUUUUUUUGGACAGUUUGUGAAAGCACAUUAGGUUGAGGUCAGAGGUCAGCUUUUUAUAUUAUUGGAAUAAGUAUAUCAGUCAAUGCAAGCAUUCAGUUUGGGGGUAAGAGGUGGUGUAUUUUAUCAUUAGAAUAUGUCCAUUUAAAUUUCAUUACAACAAAGGAAGAUGGGAGAUUUAUCACUGGGGUAGGAAUAGGUGACAUUCACCCGGGGUAGCACUUUUUGGAGGUGACAUUUUUUUAUCAUUGCAUAUUAUACUAAGUCGUAUUAUGUUUGAUUUGUCUUCGUUAUUUUUUUGUUGUUUAAAAGAUUAAGGGGAAGCAAAAGGUUAAUAACUUUUAUCUGAGAAUAAAGUUAUCAUUUUUUCUCACCAAACAUGAAGUUUCUAGUUAACAAAAAAAAAACAGUAAAUUAAUUCUCAUUAACAAACUAUAUCAGGUUUCUGUUUGAUUUACUUACAUUUUUUAAAAGAGUUUAUGCUUGUUAUUGAAAUUUAUGAGGCUUAUAUUGGUAUAUGGAAUUCAAAUCUGUUUUAUAAAAUAAUUAUGGGCUAGAAUAAGUGAUACUUUGAUGGAUGGAUGAUGUGGAAAAAGAUCUACAACAGCUGGAAAUCCAAGCAUGGAAAAGAAAAGCAUUAGUUAGGUCUGAGUGGAAGGAAGUAGUGAGGCACGCCACAUCCCUCCAUGGGCUUUAUCACCACAGAGAUGGAUAGAAUUAGUGAUACGUUUUUAGAAGAUCACAAAGGGAAAGUAAAGAAAUAACUAAGCUGCUGAAAAAAAGUUGGGAAAAGCUGAUAUAUUUGGAACAGGGUAUACAUCAUAAUAGUACUUAGUUAACUUAGAUAUUAUAUAAUUAUGUAAAUGUAUACUCUACUUUACCUAGAUCCUCAUAAAUUUUAUUUUAAAAAAGCAGUUCUGUUAUUAGUAAUGAUGUAAUACUGAAAGACUGUGAGUGGCACAUUACCUUAAAUAUAAGCACUUUAAAAUUUAUUAUUAUGUUUCUACCAAGAUAAUUGAAUGCAGUGUUAUGGUAACAAGGGAAAACCCAAUCAAUUAAAUACUAAUUAAAAUUUAGUGUUUUAUAGUGGAAAAGGGAUGGUAAUUACCAGUAGAAUAGAUAACGUUAGGGAUUAAAGUACUUUGAAUUAAAAAAUACACUUAUCAUAACAUUUAAACAAAAGACAGGGACAGGGUGAGUAAAUCAUGCUCUAAAAAUAAAAUGUUUUACUUACACUGUUAUUUUGUUUAACAAAGGCACUGUACAGUUACAUUCUAGCAAUCAGGAUGAUUUACCAUGUAAUGAAUACAAAAGGUUUCUAUUUUUUCCAGAUGCACCCACAAAAUUAUUAGACACAAAAAAAUUAAAUUACUACAAAAGUGAUACUUAAACAGCUCCACUAGCCUAUACACAAAGAUGGCUGUUCACUUUGACCAUUGUUUGGACACAGAAGGUGCUGGUAUCAACAUAAAUAUAGGCUGGUUAAAGAGUUCACCUUUGCUAGCUGUAUUGUCAUACAGUGAAGACCAUGGAGGAAGUGUUAGGCUAUUUAAUGAAGAAGUAUGUAAUAUAAACAAUUAAGAAACUACUGUUUGUAAUAUCAAGCUUUACUAAAAGGCCUUCAAUUAGUUUGAAAGUUUAAAAAGCUAUUUUAAGUAUUUAGCUUAUAUUUCUUUUUUUUUUUGUUCAACAUGUUUUUUUUUUUAAAUGUAUUCCUUGCUAUUGCACUUGCCGUAGAACACCAGUUUUUCUAAAUUUACUAAAAGGCCUUCAAUUAGUUUGAAAGUUUAAAAAGCUAUUUUAAGUAUUUAGCUUAUAUUUCUUUUUUUUUUUUGUUCAACAUGUUUUUUUUUUUAAAUGUAUUCCUUGCUAUUGCACUUGCCGUAGAACACCAGUUUUUCUAACUAAUUGGGUCCAGGGGUGUUUCGAAUACCCUAUAAUGUCAUAUACCUGAAAUCUUCCACAAAAAGGUUGGAUUAAAGAAGGUAGUUCAAAUAAUACAAUAUAUUCUUAUCUUUUACAGUUAAGUUACUUUAUUAUACAGUACAAUAUUUACAGUAAUCAUCAAAAGUGUAUCAAAUGUUAACAAAAUUGGUACGAACUGGACAUUUUUUUUUGCUGUGAAAAGAGGUUAUUUCCUUAGAAUAGAAUUCGGGUCACUUUGUAAUAUAUAUUAAUUAAUGACUUUCCAGACCACAUGUUCCCUGUUUGGUCACUGCAUUUACAAUAUGUAUCUAGAUUUUACCAGGAUUAUGCAACAGGGGUUGGAAUUAUGUUCCAGUAUUUUAUAACAAUGCUCCUCUAUGCAUGUAAAAAAAUUAAAUUGAAAGAAGACAUGGGCAGUCUGAAUAACCAGUGUUUUGGAGAAUCAACGUUCUACUGUAUAAUGUUCAUGUGGCUUUGGAUAUUCUUAUGAAAACUUGAUAUUAAUUUUCAUACAUUGAUGUAAAAACUCAUUUAAAUUAAUUUUGCUUUCACUAAAUUAAUUGUUUAUUUCUUGUAUUUGUUUAUCAUAAAUGUCAAAAUAGGGAGAUAAACUUCCACAUAAACCCAUAAGCCACCAAGGACACCCAACUUCUUAUGCUUGGCAUCCAUUGCGCAAGAUCCUUGCAGUUGGUUGGGAGACAGGGGAAAUUAUUUUAUGGAAUGAACAGGAUAAAGAACUUAUUGAGGCACCUCAUCUUCAUCGUUCAGAGAUUUCAGUAUUUCAGUGGAGCUCAAAUGGAACUCGCCUCAUCUCAGCCGACACAGUCAGUAACAAUAAAAACAUAUUCAUUAUUAUUUCACAAUGAUUAAAGCUUUGUGUUAUUAAACUGUAACAGCACAACAAAAGGUAUUAUUUAUUACUCCUUAAAAAGUAACCCUCUUCUUGAAAAGUAAUUUUUUUUUGUAAAUGGUGUUAUUCUUAUAUUCUCUCAAAAGUUUACAGUAUAGAAACUUUUUUUGAAUUAUAGAUUAUUUCAUUGUUAAGUUAUUUUUUAAAAAUGUACUACUUAACAACCUGCCUAUUUUUGUACUCUUUAAUUAUUGUAACUAUGAACUACAUUGAAUUGGGCUUAAGUACAGCUUGAAUAGGCCUUUUAUUGAGUUAAUGAAAUAAACAUUAUUUUAUGUUUUAAAAAUUACAACAUGCAAAAUUAAAAACAUAAUAAUGAGAUGAAAAUUCUCUUUUUUGAAAUUUAAUAGUCUGGUGUACUAAUUGGCUGGAAGUCUGACAGCAAAGGUCAUCUCGGUCAAGAUCCUUUUCAACAUCAUGUACAAGAACCAAUCACCCAAAUCAUUCUAAAACCAGCUCCACCUCCUGAUCCUGCUAUGUAGGUUUACAUUAAAAGGCAUUGACAAAUCUGUUAACAUUAUACAAAAAUUCCUGCAUAAAUUUUAAGAUGCAAUUUUGCACAAUAUGGAUUAUUGGCAUGUAUUCUCAUUCAGCUUUUUAUUUUUUCACUUUAAAUAAAAUGAAAUAAUUUAUUGUUAUAAAUCAAUUGAUUAGAGUAUUUCUGCUUAGUUAAAUAAAAUAGUCAUCAUUAUAAAAUGUAAGUAUUUAUAUAUAUAUAUAUAUCUAUAUAUCAUAAUCUGCAAAUGUUUUUUUAUAUUACAGGGAUAUUAACAGCCUUGCCAGGGCAGCUGUGAGUGGGGAUGAAUCAGCCCUUGAUAUGUUCAACUGGAAAAGAGGAGGAAAAAACAAAAUGGCUGCAAAUCCUUUUGGACCCCAGGAAUCUCUGUCAUUUUUUGUGGGCGGUGCAAGUGGUAAUUUAUGUGCAUAUAAAUUGUUUUUAUGCAGGGUAAUUUUGCAAAACUAGGACAAUGGAUAAAAAAUAAGCUAACUAACAUUUUAAUGUGGUUAUGCUCAUUAUACUUCUUAACUUUCCUUUUUACAAAAAAGAUAGAUUCAUUCUGGAUAUACUGAUAAAUAGAUUCAUUUUAGAUAUGCUGAGAGAUUGAUCUAUUCUGGAUAUGCUGAUUAGAUAGAUGCAUCUGGAUAUGCUGAUAGAUAGAUUCAUUCUGGAUAUGCUGAUAGAUAGAUAUUUAAUUGUAAUAUAUUUCAUUUAAUUUUUCAGGUGGGGUGUACUUCCUCAGCGAUCAAGGCAGGUGCACACAGUGCUUUUCUAUAGACACACCAAUUAAGAAGCUUCUGUUUUAUGAAGAUAAAAAUGUUCUGGUUACCAUCUCUCAGAAUCUUAUGCUGACACAGCAUGCAGUUUUUGGUGAAGCAGACACAAAAGAAAUACUUAAGGUAAUCUGGAGCCAUGAACUAGUAUGUGUUUAAUCAUUCUUUUGGCAAUAUUAACAAUAACUAAAUUUAAAAUUUGUAGUUUUAUUUAGUAAAACUCAUAUCUAACCAUAUUUCCUGUAAAUAUUAUAUUUUUAUCUCAUUUUAUAAUAAUGUUUUAAGUGUCAAAGCAAAAGCAAAAUAUGGGUCACAAAGUUGGAGUAAAAAAAAACUCCACAGUGAAAAAAAAAAGUGGUUUUGAGGUCUUUAUUAACAAAUUCAUAACUUUUGAACCACUUGAGCUAGAAAGUUGAUCUUGGCAUUUUUAUAAUCCAUUUGCUGCAGUAUUUUUAUAUUUUUAGAAAUGUUUUCACAUUUUUACCAAAGUGCCUAAAAAAUUAAAAGCAAAAAAAAAAAACAAUGGUGUUACAUGUGCAAAACUUGUGUUUAUUGCUUGUGGAACACAGCAUUUACACACACAACCUACUAUACACACAGGAUGUAGCUUAAAUAUUUUACACAGAUUAGCAAACUUGCUCUUUCUUUUUUUUUUAUGUAAAAAGACUCAAAAAGAGUUUCAGUUGUGAAAAUCAUGUACGAAACCUUCACAAUCAUGUUCUUUCAUGGUAUGUUUACAAAUUAAUUAAUCAUACCCUGUGUUUUGUAAAGUGGAAAUCAUCUGUUUACAGGUAAAACUCAGUGGCAAAUCAGAAAAUCCUUCUUUCAUAUGGGCUGGCAAGGGACUUUUAGCUACAGCUACUGGGGAACUCGUAAUAAGGCAAGUAGCAGAUAUGUUCAUUUAAAAAUUUUAUUGUAACAUUAAAGAACUUUUGACUGUUAACAACUUAUAAAGAUUCUUAUGAAGCUUUUAUAUUUUAAAUCAAAUAAUUCAGAUUAAAGGAACAUUUUAAGGUACUAAAAGAUUUUGAACAAUUGUCUUUGAAGUUGUUUUUAAAAAAAAAUAUUUUAAAUGGUUUUUGCGACUAGGUUACAGAUGUAGUCGCACAUUUGACAGGUGCUCUGAAUUACUAGGGUUUGAAUCCCUUGCCAAGCUGAGCUAUUUCUUUUGAAGGAAUUUAUUUUAUCCACAAAAGUCCUACCUCGAUUUGUGGCCAUAAUAAAGGGAAGACUGCAGUCAGUUUAAACAAUAGCAAAUAUGAAACAUAGGGUGGGGUAAAGCCUGAAAGAGGAUGAAACAAAACAGUGGAGUGGGCUACAUCAGGCUAACUGACUGGGAUAUGUCAGGCUAACUGACUGGGCUAUAUCAGGCUAACUGAGUGGGCUACAUCAGGCUAACUGAGUAGGCUAUAUCAGGCUGAGUAGGCUAUAUCAGGCUAACUGAGUAGACUAUAUCAGGGUAACUUAGUGGGUUAUAUCAGGCUAACUGAGUAGACUAUAUCAGGGUAACUUAAUGGGUUAUAUCAGGCUAACUGAGUAGGCUAUAUCAGGGUAACUUAGUGGGCUACAUCAGGCUAACUGAGUGUGCUACAUCAGGCUGAGUGGGCUACAUCAGGCUAACUGAGUAGACUAUAUAAGGCUAACUGAAUAGACUAUAUCAGGCUAUCUGAGUAGGCUAUAUCAGGCUGAGUUAUGAGCAACUUCUAAGAUACUAGAAAGAGGAACCAAAUUCUACAUACUUUUCUUUUAUUUCUUCUCCAGAAUGUGGGACUUGGAACAGGAUGACAACUACAUUUUAACCCUGGAAGGGAACUCGGGCUAUGACAGCAAUGAAACCAUCAUGUGUCUGGCUUACAACAAGGACACCGGCAUGUUGGCAGGAGGCACCAAUCUUGGCAACGUGGCUCUUUGGAAGUAUUCACCUCCUUCAGGUGGCAGGAAAGUGGAUGGAGAUGAGAAGUGGAAGCUUCAGCCGCCAGCAACAGUAGAAGGGCCCAUCAGACAAAUUGAGGUAAGUUAGAGUAAUAAACUAAUUGAUUGUUGUUUACUUUAAGGCAUCCACAAGGUAUGAAAAGUUAAUGUGUGAAAGUCAAUACAAUAGUGAGAAAAACAAUGUGAGUCUCAGUAUGUCAAAAAAGGACUAACAAUGUGAAAGUGAAAUCAGAGAAUCCACAAUGUAAGAAGAUUAAGAUGAUUUAUGAUUCUCAUGGUUUUUUUGUUGCAAAUAAGGAAACUAUCAGAAACUUUACUGAAUAUCAACUUAGCAUUUUACUGAAUGCUAUUGCCUCACUUACUAUUUAUCCCCCCUGUGGCGCUACAGUCUGUGUAGAUCUUUGGCCUGCCCCACUACUUUCUUCCACCUAGACCUAACUGCUGCUUCUUGGUUUCCUACUACUGUAGAUCUGUUCCCACAUCAUCUAAGCAUAGGUCUACCUUUUGCAAAAUAGUUAAAGGCCUAGUAUAAUGAAAUUCAGCCAAAUAAUAAAGUAGCAAAAAUCAACGUUACCAAUGCAUCCUUAACUGUUUAUUAUAUUUAUAUGCCUUGCAAACUAAGAAUGAUGUACCCAUUAAAAAAAAUUUAAUUGUGUUUCCGAUUUCAGUGGAGCAACAUCAAAGGUUUGAUGGCAGUGAAUACAAUUGCUAAUGUGUAUAUACUCAGUGAACAAGUUAUGAACUUCAGUUACAAGGAUCAGGUACUUGAUUAAAAAUGUAGCGUAGUAAAGAGUUAUCUAUUUUUUCUACUGUUCUAUGAAACUUAUUGUAAUCUACUUUUUAUUAAAUUUUUAAAAAGUUAUUAAAGUUGUGAUUUUAGUUGUUUGUGUUAUCAAAAUAAUGAAGAAUUAAGGGUUUUAAACAUUAAAACUUCUCAUAUAUAUAUGACAUUAUCCAAUUUUUUUUAAAAACACAUUUUUUAGACUGCUGUGGUCCAAUACGGCCCUGGUGCUUUGAGCAUUGAAAUGUUUUCUUCUGCUGUCCAUCAUGACAUUAAGACAGAAAUUCAAGUCAAGGGCAUUUGUACUACCAAGGUGUGUUCCUCAAUAUCUUCACAAAAAAAAAAAUUCAUAAAAUAAAAAAAUUAUGUGAAAAAACCCAUUUCCAUUUAAAAGAUGCCUGAAGUUUUUAAGAAAAUAAAAAUUUAAUUAAAAUCCCUGGACCUUUAUCAAAUAGGUCUAAAAAAAUUCUAAAGCUUGUGGAAAGCUUUUCUGAAAUUCAAAGGCUUUCUUUUUUUUAAAAAUAAAUAUGUAAAAAAAAUUUUGGAUAAAUCUAAUAUCAAAAUAGAGGUUUUGAUUAUUAAAUCAAAAACUUAGGUCAGUUCCUAGCACAACAAAUCUUUAGCCAAUAGGUAUUCCUUUCUCCCUGUAGGACACAUUGGCUGUGUGGAAUGGGAAGAGAGUCAUCAUUUAUGAAUAUUCAUCAGAUAAAUCAGCAGUUAAAGCUGCAGGUAGGUCACCCAUUGCAGAGACACAUUUACCAGGUAACCUCAUGUAGAAAUGCCACAGCGAUGUUAUUUAAUUCUCCAACCAAAGGAGGGAAAUAAUUGUGGAUGUCUUCAUUACUACAAUAGAUUAUGAUAGUAGAACAAAAUAACUUAUUUUCUGUUUUUUGGGGUUUUACAGGUACUUUUGCCACAGAUGCUACGGUUAUCACUCUUUAUGAACAAAAUGUGUACACAAUUGAACAAAACAAAGUUCAAGUUAGAACAUUUCAAGUAAGAUCAUUGUUUUAAAAUAAAUUAUCAAGUAGUUAAUUUUAAUAUUAAUGUUCUUUAACUAGGGCUUAACUGAGUGCAUUUUUUUUUUUACACAUGGUCCGUUUUUUUAAAAAUUAAAUAGGCCUACAGACACUCCUACACCCUACCUGCUGGCCUUUAAACAGUAAGCCUACAGACAGUCCUACACCAUACCCUUGGCCCUUUAUUGAGUAACCUAAUAGUAACCUCCUCUUAAAGAUUUUUUUUCCCUAAGUUCACAUGUCCCAGCAUGACAGCCUUUUAUUUUUCAUUCAGCAUUAUUAAUAGUAAAACGUGGAGUUGGGGGAGGGUAGUUUUGGAAAGGAUGCAGGACACGCCAGAAGCAAAAUCUAUAUAAGAGAUUGUUAAAUGUUUGAGGACGUGAAUAUAUAAAAAAACAUUUUCAGUGCUGAGCUGUUUAAAAUAAGAUAAUAAAAAAACAAUAUUUAUAAAAAUCACCCUAAAUAUUAUAAAAAUUAAACAAAUUAUAAAAAUAUUGAUCACUUAUGACCCCUGUCAAAAAAGUUUUGUUGUCAUGAGAAAAAUUUAAGGUAGUUAAUAAAAACAUUUACAAAAUGCUAAUAAGUUAAUUAAGGUUAUAUGGUUAUUAAAUGAGUUUCAGUUAUUACAAAGACAAAGAAAGCUUAACCUUCAUAAAUAAUUUUUUAAAGGAUAUCUGAAGUUUAAUUAUAAAUUUUUAUCAAUUUGUUUUUUAUUGUCAAAUGAUAAUUUAUUCUUCAAUUUUAAAAAAAAAAAUUUUAAAGUUACAUUAACUCCUUAAUUGAUAACUCACUCAUUUCCUAAAAGUAAUACCAUUGGACACAAACUGUUUAAAACUCAAUGCAUGAUACUUGUUAAUUUCUGAUUCACAUGUUUACAUUUUUUUUAAAUCAAGUGAUACAGAACUUAAAUUGUUACAUUUACUAUAAACAGAUUGGACAUUUACUAUGAACAGUUUGGACAUUUACUAUAAACAGAAUAAACACUAUUCAACAUGAUUGAAAUGUUCAGUUAUUAGUAGUUAGUUUAUCUAAUGAGCACAUUCUGCAAUUGUGGCAGCAAACACACUGCACUUAGAAAUUCUAGGUUUUAAUCAUUGUGAUUAAUAAAAUAUUUAAGUUGUUUUUGGAUACCAUAUCUUCAAAAAUAUUCCAUAUGAUAUACUUUAUCUUAAUUAGAAAAACUUAAAUAGCUUUUGUUUAUGCAAUGGCAGGGCACAGUGAAGCAACUAAUAACAUUUGCUGAACCAGAGGGUCACCCUGUUAGCCUCGAUGUCUGUGGUAGCUUUUUAGUGGUUGCUACCGAUGUUGGUAUCCUUCGCGUUUAUGAUCUCUCAAGGAGGUACAUAUUUAUCUUUCCAAAUGAGCAGUUACCUCCUAAAGAUAAACCUGUAAAUUUGUCUGAUCAUCUUGAAUGAAAAUGAUAUGGCUUCUGGAUUCUGAUUUCCUGUCUUCUAUAAUUUGAUAAUUGGGGAUUGAUAUUCUUUUCUACCUAGUUUUUUAGUUAAUUUUGUGAUCAUAGAUUUUAAGCUUCAUUGAGGCUUUGUAUAAAUUUAUGAUAUAAUAGGGUCAGGAUUCAAUAUUCUUGCUGCCAUUAUAAAGGACUGCUAGAAUACAAAAAUCAUUAUUAAUCUUUUUAAAAAUCAACAAUCAUGUUAAAAUUAACAUUUAGCUACGUAGAAAUUACAUUUAUUAAUGAACCUAUGUUUCAUGGGAAGAGCAGAGAAAUUUGAAAUAAUAAAUUCAGAUCUUCUAGCAGCCCUUUAUAAUGACAGCAAGAAUAUUACAUCCUGACCCAGCGUUUUCCUAUUAGUUUUCUGCUAUUCCCUAAUAUUUUUUCAAAACAUGUGCAGUGAUCCUCAAUCAUGUUUGUUUAAGGGAGGCAAAGGCUCACAGUAGCCCCAAAAAUCUUCAAGAUGUCAUCCCAGGGUUUGGGAGUACUAUCAAUGCCAAGGUCAACUGUGUUGGCAACCGUGUCAGUGUUCAAGUUUUGCUGGUAAGCAGAGUUGAGAGAAACAAGUUCUUUAAAUAUUUCUUGUUUCCUCACUUGGUCAUUUUAGAAAAUAUUGUUAAAGAAUAAUUUUUCUUGAGUUGAUUGCGCGUUAUCAUUGAGAUGAAAAUAAGAAAUGUAAAAAAAUUAUGCACUUUCUUUUUUUUAUAACAAGGCUGAUGGGAAACCAGAUCACAAAUUAUACUUUUGGGAUGUUGAGCUGGAUACUGUGCAGUACUUCAACUUUGAGACAGGUCGUGGUGAGCAGGAUGAUUAUCUAAUCCCUGCUGGAGUUCAGGAGGCAGACAACUAUGAUGACACAAAUGAUGCUGAGAGGUAAUUUCAUUAUUGUACAUUUAAGUGAAAGUGUCUCUGAGCUAAGUGUAGAUCGAGUCCAACACCACUAUAAUGUCACAUAGUGGUGUCAAAUACUGAAAAUGACCUUUUUUUUUAAAUGAGUAAAUGUUUCUGACAAAAGAGAAAAAAUAUAAUUAAUUAAAAAUUUGAAGUAGCUCCUAAUUCUAAUGAAGUAAUUUGUGCUAAUUCUUAAGCAAUUAAUGAUUUCACAAACAGGGGCAAAACUCAGGCUGCCAAAGACAUAGCUGGCCGGUAUCCUGUUUCCCAGUACUGGGAUGCGUCAGAGCCAAAACUUUUUGUCUGUGAGGCUUGGAUUUUGUCUGAUACCAUCAACCACAAUGCCUCUAAAAAGCCUUCCCUAACAAAAAUUGUGGAAGAAGGACCUGUGAGUUGUUUAAAAUGUAUUGCAUUAGUUUAUUUUCAUUUAUUAAAUUGCAAUUUAUGUAAAUAACAUAAAAAUAACUUGGCAAAUUAUGCCCCUAAAAAUGUCUUCUGGUUAGGAUUAAUGGAUGUUCUCUUUCAGUUUGUCAACACAAUCUAUGGUUUCUUCUUCUUCUAAAUUUGUGCUACUUUGUGCUACCGCUGCUUACAUGACCUGGCGCCGUCCUAUCUGAAAGAGCUGCUGACGCCUUAUGUACCCACGAGACAACUCCGCUCAUCCGAUAGUGGCAAACUCUCGACACCAUGUGUUUGCCUUGAGACUUACGUAAAGCGCACUUUCGCAUUUGCUGGUCCAACAAUUUGGAACGUCCUUCCAGUCGAUCUCAGAAACAACCAGACACUGGAGUCCUUUAAAACCGAUCUAAAGACACAUCUAUUUCGCAAAUACCUUCUGGGAUGAUUGUCUACCUUAUUUUCCAGUUAACGCAUAAUGGCUGUGUUGCUCCGGGUUGAAAUGGCUAGAAAAACUUUGAGAUUGUAUGCUUGUAAUUAGUUUUUGUAGUGUUGCGUUUAUUUUAAAUGUGGUAAAUUAUAGAUUUGUAUUUUGUUGACUUUGUACCGCGCUUCGAGCCUUUGGGGAUGAAGCGUGUUUUUGAAAUGAACUUUAUUAUUAUUAUUACUGUUAUUAAAUUUCAGGUUGAGAUCAUGAUCAUCUCAUUAUUUUGCACAUCAGAAAAUGGAAUCUUGAUACAAGAUAGUUUCUCAAUGCCUCAACAGUUUGUUCGUCUGAUGGGUGUUGAAGUCCCUUAUUAUUGUUUCACCCAAAAGGUAAACUAGUGCACUAAGUACUUUUUUAUAUGUUGAGUUAUAUUUUUUUAUAUUGUGUUUUUGCUUGUGAAAUAAUAAUAGAUCUUAAAAUGUUGAAAGUAUCUGAUUUUCUUAUGCAUAAACAUAUACCCAAAUAUUUUCAAAGAUAAGACAAUACCAAAUAUUUAUUGUAUAAUCCAUAUGGUUUUUUAAUUUGUAAUUUUAAAUUUUUUUUUUUUAUAUCAUAACUUAAAUGUCAAUGUUUUUUCAAAGUGUACACACACAAAAAUCAUAGGCACUUUUAUAAUUAUUUUUACUUUAAGGGUGAUACAAGCCCCAGUGAACUUCAAACCGAGGGCGGGGUUGUCAACCCAGAGACAGGAGCAGUUACCUACCCUAAACGCGUGGCAAGAAAAAUCAUGAGGGAUUAUGUUGGCCUUGAAAACAGCGACAAAGGCACAAGGGACGCCAUGAUGAACUUUAGUUUUUUCCUGACUGUGGGUAACAUGGAUGAAGCAUUCAAGGCAAUCAAACUCAUCAAGAGGUUUGCUUCCAUUGCUUAUGCAGUAAUUUAAAGGCUGCCAUUUUGGAAUAUUGUAUUUUUGAAAAGCGUAUUAAUUUUUUUUAGUGCUAAUUUUUUUUAAAGCUGUCCUUGGAUACCAUUGUUUUGGUUUUUUAAAAGUAAUUCAAACUUUCUUAAUGAAACUUUGCAAAAAUAUUCAUUACCACCACAAUAAGAUAUGGGAUCAUUUUAUUUAACUAGAACCAAAACAGCUAGUAUAGGCAAGCACAAUACUACAAGAUUUCAGAGGGCAGAGAGACAUAUGUCUAGCCUGUAUCAUUUCAAACGUAAAUUAAUGAGGUAAAUUCCACUUUACUAUUUGUAUGCUAAAGUUAUGUCAUUGUCAAACUUCACUGAAUAUUUAAGUGAAUCAGUGUGGGAGAACAUGGCUAAAAUGUGUGUGAAAAGUCGACGCUUGGAUGUUGCCAGUGUGUGCUUGGGCAACAUGGGUCAUGCCAGAGGAGCCAAAGCCCUGAGGGAGGCCCUGGUGUCAGAGCCAGAGCUAGAUGCUAAAGUUGCAGUCUUGGCAAUUCAGUUGGGGCUAUAUGUAAGUAUUUUAAAUAAAUUGUUUUUUAAAUGAAACCAUUGGGAAAAUCGAAGAGAUAAAAAUCAACUUAUAAUUCUCCUUAUCUCACCCCCCCCCCCCCCCCCAAAUCGUUAACAAAAAUAAAUAAAUCCAAAUUUAAAAUUUAAAAGUUUCUAAUUAAUUAGUCAUUCUGUUAUAUAAAAAAACACAAUAAAACUAUGUUUACUAUUCAGGAGGAUGCAGAGAGACUGUUAAGAAACUGUAAACGUUAUGAUCUACUCAAUGAGUUCUACCAGAACAGAGGCGAGUGGCAAAAGGUGGCUAUUGUUUAUGUUUUUUAGUGUUAAGGAUGCAUGUGUUUCAAAAGACUUUAUCUUAUUCAUUGUUCAUAUUGGGAAAAUAAAAUAUAAAAUAAAAAAAACUGAUCCAACUCUGUGAAGAUCAUAAACAUUUCAUUUUAAAAUUCUUCGUUACACUUUGUGACUAAGAAAUGUCCUAAAGGAAAAAAAUACAUAAUUAAGAAGAAUAAAAAAACCUUGAAAAAAAAAUGUUAUUUAAAUAACAGAGAUAAGAUAUAUUUUUAUUGAUCCAAAUAAAUGAAAUUUUAUUUUUUCAUUCAUUAUACAUACUUGUUUCUGUCUUGAAAAUCCUUGUCUGAGUUUUUCAUUGCUCCUUAAAUAAUUCUUUGCUUGAAGUUUUGACAACUAAAUCUUGCUAGGGGUAAUAACUUGUAUACAUCUGUUUGGCACAUCAUUAGACCAGGAAAUAAAAUGAAGCAGAAUUAAGUAGAUAGGCCUACAUAAAGUUGUCCAUAAAGAAAAUAAAUAUGACUCCAAGAUUAGCUGGCUCUCAGUGAAGCCAAGUGAUAUGUAGUCAAUUUAUUUUUAAGAUUUUUUCUAUUUAUUUCAUCUGAAAUUUUUUUUACAUACUGGUAAAACAAAUUUAGACUGUUAUCUACUGUUUGAUAAGUCAGUUUUAUUCUUAGCUCAAUAUAAAUUAAUUUCAGGCAUUGGAAACUGCUGAAAUGUAUGAUCGCAUUCAUUUAAGAACUACAUUUUACAACUAUGCCCGACAUUUAGAGGAGCAAGGAGAAUUCCAGUCAGCUAUACCUAAGUAAGAGAUACAUAACUUUUUAAACUAAUUUAUAGUAAAGGGCAUGGCCUUUUACCUGAAAACUGUAACAUAUAGCUUCGUUUAAAUUUAGUUCAAAGCCACUAAUCCCUUACAUAUGUUGGUUUUGUGUGUAUUUUUAAAACUAUAACAAAUUUAAAGUGAUUCGUAGGGCAGCUCCAGAACAGGACCUGGCCGGCAGCAUGUGGCCAUGGGUCUUCUUGUUGGAAGCCCAGUGUGUAGGCAAUCUGAAUAAAUUACAUUUUAUUUUCCUUCAGUUAUGAAAAAUCUGAAACUCACAAGUUUGAGGUGCCUCGCAUGUUGGCCGAUGAUCCUGACCAGCUGGAGGUGUACAUCAGUAAAUCCCAGGAUAAGUCAGUCCAUUAGAAUGUUAAACACAUUUUUUAAAAAUAGGAUAGUAACAAUUUGAGGCUUUUAUUUUCUCUAAUACCCAGGUCAAAAUUAUUGUUCAUAAAAGCUCAGUUAAAUUGAUAACUAUUAUUCUUUGAAAAGUUUUUAUCAUGUGCAGUUUACUGUAAUUAUCAACAGUGAUCUAUGGUCAUUAUAGGUCAGAGGUCACAUCCAUGACUUCAUUUUUUAAAUUUUAUGUCAACAGAACUUUAAAUCGAUGGUGGGCUCAGUACAUGGAGAGCACUGGAGACAUGGAGACAGCGAUACAGUACUAUGAGAAGGCUGAGGACAAUUUCUCUCUUGUCAGAGUUUACUGCUUUUGCAGUGAAAUGGACAAGGUAGAUCGUUAUAAGCAUUGACAUAUCUAACUUCAACAUGCAGGGGUUUCUAUUACCAUGGGGCAUCUGAAACAUGUGGAGUAAAUAAACCAGUUUUAACAAAUGUUACCAUUUAAGUGAUGCUAAUAUAUUAGAAGUAAUCUUACAUGAUACAAAAUGAUGGGAUAAUGGAAGUUGGGAUUCCAGGUUCUAAGACUUUCUCUCUACUCACAAACGCGUCACGUUUGUCACUAAAAAUGUUAGUCUGCUCAGGUGUAAUUUUUGUUGUCCCCACGUGACACUCUCAUCCAGUGUUAACCUGUUAAGUCCUUUACCUGAUCUAUUUAUAAGCCUUUGUUGUUUUAAAAAGUAAAUAAUUCUUUUUUGAAAAUUUUAAUAUUAUAAACUAAAAUAUAUUUUUAACAAUUGUAAAGAUGCGUCUAAUAGCACUAAAAAGUAGAAAAUAAUUUAAAAUUUCUUAAAAUGCAUUCUGUACAGAAAAUAUUUUUAAAAAUUAAUAAAAAAUGAAAACAUUAAGUUUCUUCUACAUUUAAUUUGAAUUCUUUGCUUCAUAGAGUGAGUGCCUUACUAUCCUUAUGCACAGACUUUCUUUGCGUAAUGUAUUUUAUGGAAUUUUAAUUAUUUUAUACUUCUUAGUGCUUUUAAACUCUUCUUUCACAGAAAUUAUUUUUUUAAAGGUUGUUUUUCCUAGUGCCUAGUGUUUUGUAAAAGGUUAAUUUACAGAAGAAAAUUAUUUUUUAGAAGUUAGUCUCAGAAUUGUUUUUAAAAUUUAAUUGGUUUGUUUGAAAUCAAUUUAUGUCAAAUAAUGUUGGCUGGUAUUGUAAUAACCGCAUACCUGUACUUGUUCAAGUAUCAAAUUUUGCUCUAAUGAAACAAUGACUGUGAUAACAGGCAGCAGAAAUCUGUGACACAACAAAAGACCAGGCAGCUUGCUAUUAUCUGGCCAGGCAGUAUGAGACUCAGAACCAGAUCAAAGAAGCAAUCUCCUUUUUCCAAAAAGCAAAAGCCUAUGGCAGCGCAAUCCGAUUAUGCAAGGUAAAUCGCUAGCCAUUCUUUCAAUGAUUUUAUGAAAAUGAAAUAACUAACAAUAUUUUAUGGGCAACAAUAAUAUCAGAUCUUGCUUCUUGGUAUAGAACUAAUUCCUUUAUAUAAUGUUCAAGCUAUUAUAAAAUCCUGUAUAGGAAAAAAAAAGGAAAACACUUUCUAUACAUAACUAGAAACCACACUUCUUGCUUAGACACACAUCAAACGACAUGCAAACUAUAUCUCACAAUCUUGCUUGUUUGUCUUUAAUUUCCUUACUUUACGGCUGACAGGAACAUGGAUUUGAAGACCAGUUGCUUAGUUCAGCUAUUGUUGGGCGUCCUGAAGACAUCAUGGAAGCUGCCAGGUAUUAUGAGACCAAACAAGGGCAACAACACAAAGCUGUUAUGUUGUACCAAAAGGUAUCCUUCAUGGCUUGUCAUCAUACUAAAUUAUUUUCUUUAAAUAACAUUAUUUAGGUCCAAAGAAUUUUUAAGCACUGGUCUAUUUUUAGCUCAAAUUGAACAUUAGCUACGGGGUUAGCAAAAAGAAUAUUAUUUUAACUGACUUCUAACAAUUAAAAUUAUUGUAAAAUAGUGUUUGACAAAUAAAUAUUUGAAUCUUAAAUGCCAAUCUAAUUACUUCACUAUUAAUUCAAGUUAUAUAAGCUUAUUUUUGUAUGUGCACGGACAGGCAGGAAACUAUUCCAAAGCUUUGGAGCUGGCAUUUACCACAAGGCAAUAUGAUUCACUGCAGCAGAUAUCAAGUGAACUGGAUGACAGAGCUGACCCAGAAUUGCUGCAGAAGUGUGCUGAAUUUUUUCUUGAGAAUGGCCAGUAUGACAAAGCUGUGGACAUGUUGGCCAUAGGCAAAAAGGUAAUGGGGCUUGAAGUAAAAUUACCAUUUUUUAAAAUAAAAUGUAGAUUUUGUCAUCAUUAUGAUUGGUUUUAAAAAUAUUUCUUACAUACCUUUUUAAUAUUAUUUUCGUUUUUUGUCCUAUUUAGACAUUGCCUUAAGUUUCAAGUAUGUAUUUAAUUUAUAUGUUUUAGUAACCCAUAUUUAAUAACCUUGUAACUUUAAAGAACCUUAAAGCAAGUGAUCACAAAAUGGCUAAAAUCUGUUUCAGUUCUGGGAGGCUGUUAAGAUCUGUAUGGACCAGACUGUAGAAAUCACAGAGGAAUUAGCAGAAAAACUGACCCCUGACAAGGACUUUGAGAAUGACCCAAUGGCAAGGAUAAAAAUCUUAGAAGCCAUAGCCGAGGUCUGCAUGCACCAAGGUGCCUAUCACCUGGCUACAAAAAAAUUCACACAGGCAGGAAAUAAAAUAAAGGUAGGGUGUGCAUUUAUAAAAUAUAAACAUAAAUAGUAUAUUGUCAUUACAGUUUGGUUGAUAAUUACAUCUAGUUAAUGUUUUGCCCCAUUUGUAUGACGCAAUAACUAUUUCUUUGUAAAAGUCAGGGACAGGGGCUACAUGCCCUUGUAUACCUUCUGUUUAUUAAAAGAAGAGGGUGAAGCCAAGUUCUCCUCACUCCCCAUCUUUUCUCUUUGCAUAAAUGAAUUGGACCUGUAUACAAACAGCCUUGUAUACAACACAAUACUAUGAGUAAAUAAAAUUUUAAGUAAAACUCUGGGUAAAAAAAUCAGAGGGUAAUGUUCAGGUUGUAAGAGAGUUUGCCAUUUCAUUUUAUGUAAUGACAUUCUCUUCACUCAGGCAAUGAAAGCACUGCUCAAAUCAGGUGACACAGAGAAGAUUGUGUUUUUUGCUGGUGUGUCUAGACAGCGGGAAAUAUAUGUUAUGGCAGCUAACUACCUUCAGUCAUUGGAUUGGCGGAAAGACCCUGAAAUCAUGAAAAAUAUUAUUGCUUUUUACACAAAAGGGAGAGCUCUGGAUGCACUUGCCUCGUUUUAUGAUGCUUGUGCUCAGGUAAUGCCUUUUUCAGAUAUUUUUUUUUACUUAGAGAUCUGGGCAGAAAAUUUAUUAAAUUCAUUUUGUAUGCAUUGAGUUUUAAAAAAAAACUUUUUAAAGAUGAAUAAAAUAAAAAUAGAUUUUAUUUUUAACUUUAAGGUGAAACAAUUCUCUUACCAUAAAUGAUAAAUUAGUUGUUCAACUAUUAACAAACCAUGAUUUUCUGGGCAAAGGAAGUGAAGCUUUGAUUAAUUAGAUACCGUAGUUAAUGAGCUAUACUUGAAGCUCUACUGCUUUCUACAGCAAGUUAAAAAUGGCAUGAUAAGCAGCAACAUUGGGAAUUUAGAGGAGGCAAAGCAGCAGCAGUGUGGCCAGGAGUGUGUUAAAAUAAUAAUAAAACAAAUGAGAGAAAUUGUUUUGUGUAAUACAUACCAGGUUGAGAUUGACGAGUACCAGAACUAUGAUAAAGCUCUUGGUGCCUUGGGUGAAGCUUACAAAUGUAUGUCAAAAGCCAAACUUGAUGAUUCUAUGCAGCAAGAGGAGAAGUUAGGAACCAUCAAACAUAAAAUGGCUCUCAUCAAAAAAUUUACAACAGCAAGGAGGUAAAUUUUUUUUUUUCAAUGAUGAGCUGAUAUAUAAAAUAUUAUUCUACAUUUUAUUUGGUUUUAAAUACAUUAAAGAUUAGAGUACUGCACCAGGUAGAAUUUUUUUAUAAAGAUAUAUUGAGAAUUUAAAUAUAUUUCAGUUCAAAUUAACUUACUGUAAAUUUUAGUAAUAAUGAUUUUCUAUAAUAAAAAAAAAAAAUAACAAUAUUUAAUUUACUAUACUUAUACAAUAUACAAAAUGAAGUAUUUGAGUAAUCUUUUCAUUUAAGUAGGAAACAGCUCAAAAUGACUCCCAUGGUUAACCUAGCUCUAACGACAGUUAAUAUUGAGAAGCACCUAGAGACAUUGAUUGAUUCAAAACUAUACUUUCCCACUCAGAACAUAUCAAGAGAACUCAGAUGAAGCCAUCAAACAAUGUCAAGUCUUACUAGAGGAAAAGGAUUUGGACUCUGCUGUUAGAGUAGGAGAUAUUUAUGGUUUCAUGAUAGAACAUUAUGCAUCAAAGGAGAGGUGGAAGGCCGUAAGUACUAAAUGAAAUUUAUAAACGCAUCUAGAAAUGAGUUGUGGGUUGUUGGUUUUUAACUACUUUAAAAGAACAAUAUAUCAGUGUAAACAAGCCGGGUAAAUCUUUAUAGGAUGAGAAAAAGAACCAUUAACAUUUUGGCUGCUGGAAAGCUUUCCUUGGCUUUCAAUGUAGCGAGUGUUUUUUAUUUUUCAUCAAAGUUAUAAUGAAAUAACUAUUUUUCCUCCAGGCUCAUGCACUUCUUGAUGAGCUGCAGAGUCGGCUGCCUGGAAUACAUCUUGGCUAUUACGUGAAUAUGAAAACCAUAGAAGCCAUCCACCGUGCGCUGUCCUUGCCCAUGGACAGGGGGCUCAAGUCAGAACGCAUGAAUGGUUUUAGAAUGGGAGCUGGGGACAAUGAGGAUGACAUCGGGGAGUUCGUAGAGGAAGAGGUUAUUGAUGAUUCGUACAGCACAGGAGAUAAACUCUAACAUGAUUAAAUUAGCAAAACAUUUUUCCACUCUGGUAAUAAAUUAAUAUCACGGUUGAUUGAUUGUUUUCUUUUUUCAAAAACUCAAAUUAAGAAGAAAAAAAAACGAAAAACUUUCAUAAUGGUGUACUUUCUGUUCAGAUAAAAAAAUCUUUUCAUGUUUGGACCUGCAGUCUCCUUUUUUAGUUUUUAGUUUUUUUUAAAUUCCAUGUUAAAAUGAUAUUUGAACAUUCCAUAACAGAGAUUUACUCAAGCACCACUAAGUCAGGUUAUCUUUCAUCAUUAGCUUUCCUUUGUUUGAAAAAUUAAAUAAAAAUUAAUUAUUUGUGCAAUCAUUGCACAUGCCUCUGAAAACAAUGUGCCUAAGAAAUUAUUUUACAGUCUUACUGUGCUUAUACAUAGACUGUACUGCCAGUUAGAUUCAUAAAAAUAUUACUCUUAAAAAUAUGAUGGUUGUGGUUUUUAAGUAUAAUUGGUAUGAAAUCAAUUCUUCAACAAUGUCUAAGAUUUUCUCAAGCUUGACUUAAUGAAGUAGACAAUAUUUUAGUUGACGUCAACUUAUAAUCUUUUAUGUCACAUUAUCUUUCUAUAUCCAUAAUGUUAAAAAAAAAACAUCAAUCUUUUCUUUUAAAUGUCCUAUUCUAUGUGCAGGUGAAGGUUAUACUAUACUUAUCAAAAUAAGUAUAACUUUUUGCAGGACAUAUUCAAUGAAAUAUACCUGAAUAAAAAAAGUUCUCGAUAUAGGAGUUGUUAAACUUUAAUGCUGUUUCUUUGCUUUAACGUAAACUAAAAUAAGUUUUGUUUUUAGGCUUAGAUUCAUAAAACUCCAAAAAGCAGUAUAAAAUUAAAUAGUAAAUUGUUAUUAUUUGGAACUAAAUAAGUCAAACUCAUUUUAAAAUUAAUAACAUGAAUCUUUGAAUAAGUUGAUUGUCAAUUUUUUUUAUUUUCCUUUGGAUAUCAUAUAUCCAAAGACUCCAGAAAAUCUAAUUCUUACGUGCUGAAAUAAGAAAAAAAAUCUUAUUAUUACAAAAGAAUAUGAAAACUUUCAGAUUUUUAAAAUUUUCUUAUUGUCAGAGUUGCGCUACAUACACUUACCAUCCGUCCAUACGGCAUGAAUUCCAAACCGACUUAUUUUUAUAUUGCAACCACAGAUUUUUAAAGUGGUUUUUGCAUUGCUUGUGUUUCAAAUACAGCUUCUGGUUUGUUGCUGGUACGAUCACAUGUAACUUUAAAAUAACUUGUUUGAUAUCUUAAACAUCAUUUUAUGAUUAAGAUAAGUGUACCAAUAAAGUACCAUUAAUAUUAAAUGACUGGGCACGUGAUGAAAUGUGCAUUUGUUUUUUUUUUUAAAUAUAUUUUUUUUACAAGAUAAAUAUGACAAGUAUACUUUUGUCUUCAAUUUUUGCAAAUAAUCUCAUGGCUUUGCUAAAUUACAUAUCAAACUGCUCGGUCCGUCCACUUGUAAAUCUCAUAGCUAUAAAGUAUCAAACUUUUAUCAUGCCGUUGAAUGGUCCCAUCUUGUCAGUUUUUUCAACUUUUUUUUAUUUAUUAUGUUAAUUUCUUAUAUUGAUGAAAUGUUUACAUACAAAAUAUUUUACAUUUGAGUUGAAUCUAUGUUUCUGUAAGUGAUAAAUUUAUAUUCAAUAAUCUUAUUUGCUUGAGAAUAAUGGAUUAUGAUUAAGCAGUGGAAUUCUUUCCCUUUUUGAAAAAAAAAAUAUCCCAAUGAUGAAUUACUAUUAUUAGGCUACUGUAAUUAUGUCAUCAAAUAUCAUCACUACUACUAUAGUUAAAAUUUAUAUAAUUUAUAGAGUUCAUUAUAUGAACAGUUUCUGUUACACCUUGACACUGUAGCCAUGUGCUGUAAAUAGACUGUACAAUUUCUUGUCUCUGUGAUAGUGUAUAAUCAUACCUAUGAAUUCUAUGUGAAGGUCUGAUCUUUUUGUAAUAACUUCUGUUUUCCAGACUUCCACUGUCUUAACACCUUGUAUAUAAAUAAAAGUAUAUAAGGAGACAAUGUUUACUUAAUAAAUUAUUUGUAAAAUAUUAAGUGUGUAAUUAAUUGAACCAAUGCACCCUAAUUAAAGUAGAUCCAGUGUUAGUGGUGCAAAACUGAAAUAUGAACACAUUUUUUAAAAAUAUUGUUUAUAUGUUUGUCAUUUUAAACAAUAAAAAAUUGUAAAAUUAAUAAUGUUAAAAAUUCUUCAAGAAUAUGAGACAAGUGCAGAUUGAUGAAAUAUGGUUGAGAUCCCAUGCUGUUAAGCUACCCCC